AUGUCCACAGAGGAGCCGCCGGUGUACCUUGCCACAUACUCCAACACAGAGGUUUAUGAGUCCAUAAUAAACGAAUGUCCUCUUAUGAGGCGGUGCAAAGAUGACUGGGUCAAUGCCACCCAGAUCCUUAAAUGUUGUAACUUUCCCAAGGCUAAGAGAACUAAAAUCUUGGAAAAAGGCGUCCAACAAGGAAUGCAUCAGAAGAUUCAGGGAGGAUACGGAAGGUUCCAAGGAACAUGGAUUCCUCUUCCUGAUGCUCAACGUCUUGCCACUGGCUACGGUAUGAAUGCUGACAUGGCUCCCGUUUUGUUUUUUGACCCUGCCAACCCAGGGUUUCAGCUUCUGAAAAAAGCCAAAGAUCCUCCCAAUAAAGAUGGAACUCCUGUCAAGAGAAAAUAUGUCAAGAAGAAGAAGCCUGAUGGAACCACCCCCAAGAAGUUCAAGCGUGACGACCAGUUUUCUGAGUUUAACCAAACAGACUCGUUUAACUCGGUUUCCAGAAUGCCUUCUCACUUGUCGAGUUUUUCAAAUGGUGGGUCUAUGCCAGUUCAGUACCCAGUGAAUGGCUCGUUCGUGCAACAGGACUAUAUGCCUGGGUCCCAGAACAUGGCGUUCAAUCCGAAUGCUCCCAUGAACAAUGACUACCAGUCGUACCAAAUGCAGAUGCAGAUGCAAAUGCAACAACCACCUCAACCACAGGUGCCUCAAUCGCAGUUCAACUAUGGAUAUUCUCAACAGCAACAGCAACAGCAACAGCAACAGCAGCCGCAACAGCAACCAAUGAAUCAUCCUCAAUUCAUGGGGCUGUUCCACCAUUCAAAGAUGCCCUCUUCUCAGUCUACAAACGAGACUACUUGGUCGCAAGAUGAGAACAAUAAAGAAUCUGACACUUCUUUAUCUUCCAAUGAAGAGAUGAAGAAACCAAAGGAGUCAUAUGCUGCUCAAUUGCUUAAAUUCUUCAGUGAAGAAAAUGGUGCUAUUCCAUACUUUGUCCAUAACCCUCCCUAUGAUUUUAACAUUAAUGAGGCUAUUGAUGACGAAGGUCAUACGCCAUUGCAUUGGGCUGCGUCGAUAGGGAACUAUAUGAUGAUCCAUCUUUUGAUGUCCAAGGGAGCUAAUCCAUUGGUGGUUAACAACUUUGGAUUGAACCCUUUGUCUAAGUUGAUUUCUUUCAAUAAUUGUUUUGAGUUGAAAAACUUUCCUAAAGUGUUAGACGACUUGGAAAUCUGUCUCAUAAACACGGAUAUCAAUGGAAGAACCCCCUUGCAUUACUUGUGUCAAUUUUCCAAGGUUCCUUCUAAAUACGAUAGUUUGAGGUAUUAUAUGGGAAUGCUUUUGGGCAAAUUGACCUCCAUGAACAAUCAAAGUGCUAACAACAAGUCUAUUAAUCUUCUCAAGAAUGUAUUAGACCACCAGGAUGUUAAUGGAGACACUUCCCUCCACUUAGCUGCUAAAGCCGGCUGCUCAAGACUUGUGAAAUACUUAUUGAGUUAUAACGCCAGAGACGAUCUAUACAAUGUUAAUCAGGAGACUGCCAAACAGAUAAUCAUGAGAGAUAAUCUUUUAGCAUCCAAAGACUCACCUCCACAUUCAGAACCAACGCACAUAGACACUAUUCAUCCAACUUCACAUUUGGAAGUUGCUGCUCCCAUCAAACAGCUAUCAACUCCUACUCAAAGUCGAUCCAAUGUUUUGGAAACUCCAGACACGCAAAGGACAACCUUACAGGAUGAUGAUGACGACGAUCACCAUAGAAAUGCCCGAGUCGAUAAAGAACAACUCAAUCAGUUGUUGAAGAGCACGGUGGACGACGAUAAGGAGAAUAUUUUCCUUGAUUCUAUGAAACCCUUUGACUCCAUGUCAACACCUAUUCAAGCCACCAAGAGCCAUUCCUACUUGGGAGGUUCUUUGACACAUCAACCAUUAGCAGUGAUAUCGGAAAGAACCGCAGAAAGCACUCCAAUGGCUGUUGAUCCCCAAGGUCAUGAAUCCAUAAAAGCCCAGAUCAGGGAAGAUGAUUCGCCUGAAUCAUAUCUCGUCAAACCACCCUCUUUGGACGAAGACGGAAACAUAGUCGAGGCAACUUUACCAGAAGUGUUAUUUAAGGUCGACGAUAUUUCCCAAAUGGUUUCCGUCAUGGUUAAGUCGUUAGCAGACUCUUACAAAGACAGCAUGAGAGAUUUGGAAGAAGAAGAGUCCAAUGUCAGAAAGCAAAUCAGCGAAAAGGAAGCUUCCAAUGAGAAGCUUUUGUACAACAGUACGUUCAGUCUAACCAAAAUUGGGAUCGAUGAAGUUUCCAACCUUUCUGAUGCGGAUGCUCUGAUGACCGACUUUGCGCUACUUCAAGAAACUUUGGUGAAAAACAAGGAAACAGUGUUGGCCAACAAACUUGAAAAAGUUCAAGCAUUUCAAUUGGCAAGCUUGGUUUCGAGUAACGAACAACUUAGUGAUGAAGAUGAUAGCAUAUCCAAUGACCACCUGAACAAAUUCGGCUUGGCGGUAGAGUUGUCGAGUUUGCAGAUAGAACGGUCAGGUUUAUUGAGUCGCUUGACGGAAAAGAUCAAACUUCAUGGUAUUGAUGACAAAAUGUACAAGUACCGUAAGCUAAUCAGCUUAAGUUGUGGUUUGAAUGUCGAAGAAAUAGAUUGUUUGAUCGAUGGUAUCGAAGAGUCCCUCAUGGAAACUUCCGGUGGAAAAGCUUAA